CGAAUACAAUUAUGGAUUAGUAAAGGUUUUAGAUAUUAUAUCCUUAAUUGUAAAGUAUAUUUGACACAAACAAUUUGCAAUCUGGUCAAUCGAGUGAAAUAUUGGAUUAAAUAGGGUAAGUUGUAAUGUAAAUAGAAGGGGUGUUGAAUAAUUAUUCACAAGAUUGGAAAGUGAUCCAAAAAGAGGAAUAUAAGAUUUAAGUGAUAGAGUUGAGCAAUUUGGUAGUAAUAAGUUAGAUCCACCUGCUUUAUCUCCAUUCUAUAUGUGUAUGUACAAAUAAAGCAAAGAUUUCUGCAUUAGAAUAUUAGCACUUGCAACAGUGAUAAUGUUUUUAAUGGCAUUAUUCUCAGAAGAACCUGUUGAAUAGAUAGUGUAAGCAAUUUCUAUUUUGAUUGCUAUUUGUGCAGUUGUUAUCAUUGGAGCAAUGACUGAUUAUAGAAAAGAAAAAUAAUUUAGAUAAUUAUAUUUAGAAUAGGAAGAAUAGUAGAAGAAAAUCUUUUAAGUAGUUCGUAAUGGGAAUAUUUUAUAAUUGAAUCAUCUUGAUCUUGUUGUAGGAGACAUUAUAACAAUUAAACCUGGAGAUAAUGUUACAGUAGAUGGAUUACUAAUUGAAGGAACUGAAACUAUAGAAGUAGAUGAAAGUAUGAUUACAGGUUUAACUGAUACAUUAUCUAAAUAACCAAUUUCAAGAGGUAGGAAUUGUUUUCUUAGAGGAGGGAGUAAUAUUUUUGAGGGCACUGCUAAAAUGAUAGUUUUAGCAGUUGGUAUAUUCACAUAUUCCAAUAGAAUGAAAAACGAUAAUUAAUAAAAGGAAGAAGGUGAAGAAGAAUUAAUUCAUGAUGAAAGAUCUCCAUUAGCAAAAGCUUUAGAAACUUUAGCCAAAUUUUUAGUAUUUAUUGGAUGCAUGAGUGCUUUGGCUAUGUUUAUUAUUUUAGAAUUGUAUAUGGUCAGAGAACUCUAAGAAUUAUAGGAAAAAGUAUUCUCUUAAUUUGCACUUAAAAAAGUAUUAUCUGAUUUUAUUGAUGCUUUUCUCAUUAUUGUGCUCUCUAUUCCAGAAGGAUUACCAUUAAUUGUCACGCUUUCUUUGGCAUUUUCUAUUGCUAAAUUAAGACAACAAGAUAUUGUUAUCAGAAAUUUACAUGUUUGUUAAGUUUUAGGAGGUAUAGAUACUAUAUGUUUUGAUAAAACUGGAACAUUAACCUAUAAUAAUUAAAAAGUUUGUAAUGUACAUAUUGCAAGUGAAGAAAGAUUUUAUAAUUUAUAAUCUACUGAUCCUAUUUUUAGAAUGUUAGCAGAAUCAAUAUUAUCAACAAAUUCUGCAUUUCUACCUGAAGAUAUUGUAAAUUAACUUAAUUAGCCUGAAUAAGAUGAUGAAUAUAAAUCUGAACAUAGUGGAAAAUCAAAUAAAAAAUCUUAACAUUCAAAGAGUUCUUCCUCAAAAUCAUUAAAAUCAAAUAGUGUUUAAGAGGGAAGUAUCAAAAGUGAUUGGAGUGGGAAUAGAUUAGAUGUUGCACUAAUGGAUUAUUUAGAGAUAAAGUUAAAAAGAGAAUUCGUAUAUGAAUAUUUAAAAGAUUUAAAAAAUCAAAUUAGAAAAACCAUCCCAAUAAAUAAUUAUGGAUUUCAUACUGAGGUAUUACAUAUAAGAGGUGACAAAUACAGAAUUUAUAUAAAAGGCAAAUCUAAAGAAAUUAUAGAGAAAUGUAGUUUACUAAAUAUUUGUAUUGCAGAGAAUUAGAAUAUUGAAUUAUAUGAGCCAGGAAGAUUUAGAUUAUAAGAUUGUUGUAAUCAUAAUAUGACAUAAGAAUGUUAAGAGUUAGAAAAGAAAGCAAUAUUAAAUUACAAUUCUUAAUCAUUAAAAACAAUAUCAUUUGCAUAUCAAGAUAUUUAAAUAAAUAAUCUAAUUGAAUAAGAUUGGAAUAAUUUAAUAUUUUAGAAUAAUUUUAUUUAUAUAGGAACAGUAGCAAUGAGAGAUGAUAUAAGAUAAGAAGCUAAGAGAUUAGAUAGUGCACUGAAAAUGGGUAGUAUGAAUGUUAUGAUAUUGACUGGUGAUACAAGAGUAAAUGCAGUGAAUGUAGCUAAAUAAUUAGGUUGGGUAAGUAGUGAUUAAGCAGAUCUUGAAAUAUAAAGAAUAAGUGAACAUUUACCAAAAUCAUCUUAAAUGGAACAUUAACCUAUUAUAAUAGAACCACCUCAAAUUAAUAUUGAUGAAUAAUAAGCUAUUAAAAUUACAUCUGCAAUUAUGGAAUGUCCAUAAGAUGAAAUUGCUCCACUUUUGAAUAAAUAAUUUAAUCAUUAAUAAUCUUCAUCGUCAGCAGCCUUAAAAACUAUUUUGAUUUUAAAUUUUUAAGAAUAUGUCAUUAGAAUUAGAAAAAUAUUAAGUGAAUCAAAAAUCUUCUAUACUCAUUAAGAAGUUAAUGAAAGAAAUAUUGUAUCCAAAAUUCCUGAGAUUCUUGAUGAUGCAAUAGCUAGUAAAGUAUUUAUUUAUAUAUAUAUAUAAUUUAGGCUGUAUCAAAUAUGAAUAAAGUAUUAUAAAUCUUAGCUGAUCUAAAUUAACAUUAAAAACAUUAAUUUUUAGAAGUAUAUUCUAAUAUAAAUGAAUCUACAAUUGGAUAUGUUGGAGAUGGAAAUAAUGAUGCUAUUGCAUUAUAAACUGCAGCAGUUGGAAUCACUUUAGGAAAAACUGCUACAAAUAUAGCUAGAGAAUGUAGUGGAGUUAUAUUAAUGGAUGAUAAAUUAGAUGGAAUAGAAUUAUGUAUGAAGUAUGGUAGAAACAUCUUUUUAAAUAUUAAAAGAUUCAUUUAUUUUUAAUUGAGUUUCUUUUUGAAUUCCAUUGCCAUCAUGCUUACUGCUUCUAUUGUUUUAAAACAAUAGCCUUAUACAGUUUUAGAAGUUAUUUGGUUAAGCUUGUAAAUUUUAAUAUCUAAUUUUUAGAGUUUAAGAUAUUUUUUCAGCUGUUGCCCUUAGUACUGAAAUUCCUUAAGACGAUAUCUUAAAUAGAACUAAACCUGCAAAAAGAGGAGAAAAUAUUAUAGACAAAUUUCUAUUAUAAAUGACAUGCACAUAAGCAUUAUUUUAAUACUUAGCCACAUUAAUUGUCCUAUUUUUAACUCCUUUUAUUUUUGGCAUUGAGUAACUUUUUUUAAUUUAUCAAAUAGACCAUCCUAUAAUCAUGAUUUACAUUCUUUAGGAGCAGAAUUUGUACCUGAAUGGGCUGUUCAUUAUACUCUUGUUUAUCAUUUAACUGCUAAUUUCCAAAUUGUCAAUCUGAUAUGUAGUCGUAGAAUUGGUUAACAUGAAUAUAAUGUAUUAGAAGGUAUCCAAAAGAAUAAGCCAUUUACUUUCAUGAUUAUUGGAUUGAUAAUAAUCCAAUAAGUAAUCAUUUAUGCUGGAGGCAAAUACUUUAAAACUGCUCCAUUAACAAUUUUAGAAAAUAUAUUUUGCUUAUUUUUAUCCUUUGGAGCCAUGGUUGUCUUUUGGUUGUCUAAAUAUUUCUAUUCAACUAAAAAAUGACAUAUCUAUAAAGAUCUAUGUAC